AUGUCUUACAGAGGGAGCGGCGGCGGACAGCGGCGGCAACGCUCACCGAGCCCAGACAGCCACCAUCACCACCACCACUCCCGCCCUUACCAGAGUGGUAAUAACUAUAAUUACUACCGCGAGAAGCAGCAGCAGCGUCAAAACUCUCCACCGCGCCGCCCACCGUACCGCCGUCGCCGCGAGGACGUGCCGUACAACAUCCCGAGCGCGGCACCACGGCUGCGCGUGCCGUGUGAUCUGCCGGUGGACGUCACCGCAUUUCUCGACCUUGUCGCGUUCUACGUAGUGCAAGGUGGACCGACAACAGAGGAGGAGAUCAUGAAGCGGGAGGAGAACAACACACACUUUGCCUUUCUCCACGCGCCGUGGCGGGACCCGAUGCAGUUGUAUUACCGUUGGCGCCUCUACUCCCUCCUGCAGGGUGACACGCUUCUUAAGUGGCGUACCGAGCCGUACCAAAUUGAGCGCGGUAACGAUGCGUACGUGUGGGUGCCGCCACCGGCGAUUCACAGUGGGCCCGAGUGCCUCCUUGACGCCUUCAAGCCGAGCACUUCCAGCAGCGUCCGUGAUGGGCUUUCACAGGGUACCGUGGGUGAGGAUGCAGCUACAGCAGCAGCACAACAACCCGUGCCGUCGGCGUCGUGGCUGUCGCGGAUGUCCGUCUCCGAAGGGUCCUUCUUUGUCACGCUUGAGAGGGCUGCGGUCGAGGAGUGGAAGCAGCUGCUGCAGAUGGAGUCGCAUCUUGCAGAUGUGGUAGAAGGUUGUGGUGGUGGAGUGGAGCAGUCGCUGGAGAACCGCCUCAGCAAGUUGGGUACCUUACUGCUCGAUAGGGAGCUGAUUGCACGGCGCAUGGUGUUCGCGGUUGAGCACCAGAAGGCUGCACUGCACGUGCUAAGCCUCGUGCUAGAUGAAAUCGUGCGACUCGCAUAUGAGGCGGCCACGCCUGUAGGUGGUGCAGGGAGCCAAAAUAGCACGUGUAGGAGUAAUAAAAAUAACAGCAGUGGGACAAAAGGAAGCAGCGGUGAAGCAAGUGAUAGCAACAACAAAAAUUCCAGAAGCAAUGACAACAGUGCCCUUCGUGCUGCGUCGCGCUGCUUCAUGUGUCUCUCGCACCUCUUCACGCUGAACGAUAUUGGUAAGAACGGCGGUGCGCCCCCCCUGACGGAGGAGGAGGUUGCCAGUCUCGCGCCCUCGUGGGAGGAGCGGGGCGGCCCAAACAAUAACAACAGCAGCAGCAGUGGCAGCCACCCCAUAGCCCCUGCUGCUGCUUCUGUGAGCGGCCUAGAGGCGCCGCAUGCUGUGAUAAGUGGCUUGCUGCCGCUGCCGUCGCCGUCGCCGUCGAAUCCUUACUCUUCGGCCGGCACCGGCGCUGCUCCUGCUGCUUCGGUGGUGCCGGUGCGAAUGCUGAACCGCGCGCUGGAGAAGAUCAUGCCCACCCUCAUUGAGGCCACGCUCGUCGUGGCGCUCUGCACGGUGCAGCAGUACGGCGCGCUGGAAGUCGACAACGCGCGCGAGACGGCGCGUAGUUCGGCAAAGCCGCCGGGUGCGGAGGAGUUCGAGGGGAUUCUGCCGCUCGACAUCGACCAGGCGGCGUACGUGCACGUGCAGGCGAAGCUGUCAUCUCCGCAGGCGUCUGCACCGUCCACCGUAGCAUCAGCAACUGCAGUAAAGAAGGAGGACCGCGAUGCCGUGUGCAUGAUCGCGAUGCUGCUCAUCUCGUGGCUGAAGCAGCUCUGUGCGUCGUGGGCGGACGGUGAUGUGAUUGGCAGCCGCUGCUGGAGCACGCUGGUGACGAAGUACGUCUACCUUCUCUCACAGCCUGUCGAAACGACGUGA